AACAAUAGUCCUUUGUCAUGCAAACUCAGAGCAACAUCAAAGUGAUGCUCAUCAAAAUUUGAUCUCACUAACUUAAGUCACACAAAAAGAACAACAAUUUUCUAUGAGAUACCAUCAUCAAUGGAGAUUAUCAACAACAACAAUAACAAUGGAAUUUCAAGAGUUGAAAGCCUAAGGAGUAAUAGCUCCAACACAUGGAGGAACAAUAGCAUGGAUGUUUUCUCUUCGUCCGAACGGCGCGAAGACGAUGAAGAAGCUCUCAAAUGGGCGGCAAUUGAGAGGCUUCCGACGUAUUUGCGCAUUCGGAGAAGCAUGAUAAACAAUUCGGAGGUUGACAUCAAGCACAUGGGAUUAACGGAGAGGAAGAUUCUUCUUGAGAGGCUUGUCAAGAUUGCUGAAGAAGAUAAUGAGAAGUUCUUGUUGAAACUAAGAGAAAGGAUGGAAAGAGUUGGACUUGAUAUUCCAACAAUUGAAGUGAGGUUCGAGCACAUAAAUGUGGAAGCACAAGUUUAUGUUGGAAGAAGAGCAUUGCCUACCCUAUUCAAUUUCUAUGUGAAUGUUUUAGAGGGGUUCUUCAAUUAUCUCCACAUUAUUCCAAGUCCAAAGAAGCCUUUACACAUCCUUCAGAAUGUUAGUGGAAUCAUAAGGCCCAGAAGAAUGACUCUGUUGUUGGGACCCCCAAGCUCAGGGAAGACCACAUUGCUAUUAGCCUUAGCUGGAAAACUUGGUAAAGAUUUAAAAAAAUCAGGGAGAGUAACAUACAAUGGGCAUGGGGUAGAAGAGUUUGUGGCACAGAGAAGUUCAGCGUAUAUUGGGCAACAUGAUAACCACAUUGGUGAAAUGACUGUUAGAGAAACCCUUGCUUUCUCUGCUAGAUGCCAAGGGGUUGGACACAACUAUGAGAUGCUGAUUGAACUUUUGAGAAGGGAGAAGGAAGCCAAAAUCAAACCAGACACUGAUGUUGAUGCUUAUAUGAAGGCAGCAGCACUAGAAGGACAACAAACUAGUGUGGUCACUGACUACAUUCUUAAGAUCUUAGGGCUUGAAGUUUGUGCUGACAUUAUGGUAGGAGAUGGAAUGAUUAGAGGAAUUUCAGGAGGUCAGAAAAAGAGAGUCACUACAGGAGAAAUGCUUGUUGGACCUAUAAAGGUGUUGUUCAUGGAUGAAAUAUCAACUGGUUUGGAUAGUUCGACAACUUUUCAGAUAAUGAAUUCGAUUCGGGAAUCGAUUCAUAUUCUGAACGGAACAGCACUUGUGUCUUUGUUACAGCCAGCACCAGAAACUUAUGAAUUGUUUGAUGAUAUAAUACUUCUAACGGAUGGACAAAUAGUGUAUCAAGGGCCAAGACAAAAUGUGCUUGAGUUCUUUGAAUCAAUGGGAUUCAAGUGUCCUCAAAGAAAAGGAGUUGCUGAUUUCUUACAAGAGGUGACAUCAAGAAAAGAUCAAUGGCAAUAUUGGGCUCUCAAGGAUGAACCAUACAACUUUGUAACUGUCAAGGAUUUUGCUGAAGGCUUCCAAUUAUUCCACAUUGGUCAAAAGCUUGGAGAUGAGUUGGCCAUUCCUUUUGACAAGUCAAAGAGCCAUCCAAGUGCAUUGACCACAAAAAAGUAUGGUGUAAACAAGAAAGAGCUUCUCAAGGCUUGUGCUAGCAGAGAAUUCUUGCUUAUGAAACGAAAUUCCUUUGUCUACAUCUUCAAAGCCAUACAAUUAGUUUAUUUAGCAGUCAUGACAACAACACUGUUUCUAAGACCAAAGAUGCACCGAGAUUCUGUGUUGGAUGGAGGAACUUACUUGGGUGCACUUUUCUUCACAAUCACAGUGGCAAUGUUCAAUGGAAUUGCAGAACUAAACAUGACCAUAAUGAAACUCCCUGUGUUCUACAAGCAAAGGGACCUUCUCUUCUACCCUGCAUGGGCCUAUUCUAUUCCUCCAUGGAUUCUCAAGAUUCCAAUUACACUUGUUGAAGUUUUCCUUUGGGAAGCAAUUUGUUACUAUUCUAUUGGUUUUGAUCCAAAUUUUGGAAGGGUUUUGAAACAGUUCUUGGUAAUCUUCUGCAUCAAUCAGAUGGCGUCUUCGCUGUUUCGGUUGAUGGCAGGACUUGGAAGGGAUGUUAUAGUUGCUAACACUGUUGGUUCAUUUGCAUUGCUCAUAGUUUUGGUCUUGGGAGGAUUUGUCAUUUCAAGAGAGGAUGUGCACAAAUGGUUCUUAUGGGGCUACUGGUCCUCACCACUGAUGUAUGCCCAGAAUGCCAUUGCUGUUAAUGAGUUUCUUGGCCAUAGUUGGAGAAAGGUUCUUCCUGGUACCAAUGAAACUCUGGGAGUAUUGGUACUCAAAUCUCGUGGACUAUUCACAGAAUCGUAUUGGUUUUGGUUAGGAAUAGGAGCUUUGAUUGGUUAUGUUUUCCUCUUCAAUUUUCUCUUCACCUUGGCUUUGCAAUACCUCAGUCCAUUGAGAAAGAAUCAAGCAGGAUUGUCCCAAGAGAAAUUGCUCGAGAGAAAUGCUUCCACUCGCGAAGAGGCCGUUCAAUUAUCGACACGAAAAAGCUCCACAGAAGCUAAGGUUAUAGAAGAAGCAAGCAUUUCAUCCAGGUCACUUUCUGGAAGAGUUGGUGAUUAUAAUAAUAAUAAUAGUAAUGGAAGAAGUGGAAGGAGGGGCAUGGUUCUUCCCUUUCAACCUCUUUCCCUAACUUUUGAUGAGAUAAGAUAUUCUGUAGACAUGCCACAGGAAAUGAAAAAUCAAGGGGUUUUCGAAGAUCGUCUAGAACUUUUGAAGGGUGUUAGCGGCGCUUUUAGGCCGGGAGUACUAACAGCUUUGAUGGGUGUAAGUGGAGCCGGCAAGACUACUCUGAUGGAUGUUUUGGCCGGAAGGAAAACCGGUGGAUAUAUAGAAGGAAGCAUCACAAUCUCUGGUUAUCCUAAGAAUCAAGAAACGUUUGCUCGAAUAUCCGGAUACUGCGAACAAUUUGAUAUCCACUCACCUUAUGUGACAGUCUAUGAGUCUUUGAUGUAUUCAGCAUGGCUUCGUUUACCCCAUGAAGUUGAUCCUUCAACAAGAAAGAUGUUCAUUGAGGAAGUUAUGGAGCUUGUGGAGCUUAACUCAUUGAGAGAAGCACUUGUUGGAUUGCCGGGGGAGACAGGACUUUCGACCGAGCAAAGAAAACGGCUAACAAUUGCAGUUGAGCUUGUAGCCAACCCAUCAAUAAUAUUCAUGGAUGAACCAACCUCUGGCCUUGAUGCCAGAGCAGCUGCAAUUGUAAUGAGAACUGUGAGGAACACGGUCGACACAGGCCGGACCGUGGUUUGCACCAUUCACCAGCCUAGUAUUGACAUAUUUGAUGCCUUUGAUGAGCUGUUACUCUUAAAAUUGGGAGGGGAACAAAUAUAUGCCGGCCCAUUAGGCCGCCAUUGCUCACAAUUGAUUCAAUACUUUGAGGGUAUUGAAGGAGUUCCUAAGAUCAAAGAUGGUUAUAACCCUGCAACAUGGAUGUUGGAAGUUACAUCAGCAGUAACAGAAGCAAAUCUUAAUGUCAACUUCACUAAUGUGUACAGAAGCUCAGAACUACACCGGAGAAAUAAACAACUGAUCCAAGAACUUAGUAUACCUGUACAAGGUUCAAGAGAUCUAUACUUUGAUACUCAGUAUUCACAGAACUUUCUAACACAAUCCAAAGCAUGCCUAUGGAAACAACAUUUAUCAUAUUGGAGGAACACAUCCUAUACAGCAGUUAGACUGCUAUUCACAGCAAUUAUAGCUCUAGUGUUUGGGGUCAUCUUUUGGGACAUUGGCUUCAAAAGGAGAAAGGAGCAAGAUCUUUUCAAUGCAAUGGGAUCAAUGUAUGCUGCUGUUACUUUCAUUGGGGUGCAAAAUGGUGCCUCAGUGCAACCUAUGAUAGCAGUUGAGAGAACAGUGUUCUACAGAGAAAGAGCUGCUGGAAUGUAUUCAGCUUUGCCAUAUGCUCUUGCACAGGUUAUUAUUGAACUUCCGCAUAUCUUGGUUGAGGCUCUUGUUUAUGGGGUUAUAGUGUAUGCAAUGAUGGGGUUUGAUUGGACAGCAUCAAAGUUCUUGUGGUAUCUAUUCUUCAUGUACUUCACAUUCUUAUAUUACACCUUUUAUGGGAUGAUGACAAUGGCGAUAAGUCCCAACCCACAUGUUGCCGGUAUAUUGUCCGGUGGAUUCUAUGCAAUAUGGAGCCUUUUCUCAGGCUUCAUCAUUCCCUUAUCGAGAAUACCCAUAUGGUGGAAGUGGUGCUAUUGGAUAUGCCCUGUUGCAUGGACACUGAAUGGAUUGGUGACUUCACAAUAUGGAGACAACAUGGACAAACUUGAAAAUGGUCAAAGGAUUAAGGAUUUUGUGGAGAGUUACUUUGGAUUUCACCAUGACUUUCUUGGAGUUGUUGCAAUUGUGGUGGCUGCUUUCUCACUCUUAUUUGCACUCAUUUUUGCAUUUGGCAUCAAAGUAUUCAACUUCCAAAAAAGAUGAUCAAAUUGUAUAUGUGCUCUUUAAUUAAUUGUUUCUAAAAACAAUUUAUAGAAAAUCAAACACACUAGCAUUAUAUAGCAUUGUAUAUUGCUUGACAAAAUUUAUUGCUCCAAAUCCAUAUCCUAGGUUUUCUUUUCUUUGCAAUCAUAUGGGUUUUCAAUUGUACUAAAACCCAAGGGGGAAAAAAUAGUUACACUUACAAUAGCAAUGGAAUUAGAAAAUAUAUAUAUACAUUACAAGAUAUAUUUUUAUUUUAGUCUUUUGCAAUC